AUGAAGAUGGAAGUGCUACUAGACUCUGCUCAAUCAGUAUCGACACUGGCAAAUCUCACUGGGAAAAAACCAAAGUUUAAACAAUGCAAAUUGCUUCAAGCGCUUCCUAAUAAGAUUGUGGAUCUUGCUAAUAUUACAAUAAGUGACGGAGUUGUGUGUGUGCACUUGGGCACAAGAGGGACUUACUGCUCACACUCAGCUGCUGCCACUGUCUACUAUGGAUCUUCAAUAGCCCAGAGUUGGAAAGGUGGGAACUGCAAACGUUCACUUGCCAUCAAAUCCACUCAGAAUACUUCUUCCAUCUCAGGGACCUGGGGGAGAUGGGUAGAAGAGUAUGUGACUGACACAGAAUGA